AUGGCUUCGUUGGGACACACAUUCCCCUUCUAUGUGGGCCGCAAGCCGAUCUUCCCAAUGGACACCACCUUGGCCGUCAUCGUUGCCAUCUUUGUGACUGCACUGGUCACCUUCAUCAUCAUCCUGCCUGGCAUUCGGGGCAAGAUGAGGCUGUUCUGGCUGCUGCGGGUGGUGACCAGCUUAUUCAUCGGGGCUGUGAUCCUGGCUGUGAAUUUCAGUUCUGAGUGGUUUGUCGGCCAGGUCAGCACCAACACAUCAUACAAGGCCUUCAGUUCCGAAUGGAUCAGCGCUGAUGUGGGGCUGCAGGUUGGUCUGGGAGGAGUCAACAUUACACUCACAGGGACCCCAGUGCAGCAGCUGAAUGAGACCAUCAAUUACAAUGAGAAGUUCACCUGGCAGCUGGGUGAAAACUAUGCCAAGGAGUACACAAAGGCACUGGAGAAAGGGCUGCCGGACCCCGUGCUCUACCUGGCUGAGAAGUUCACCCCGAACAGCCCAUGUGGUCUACAUGGCCAGUACCGCCUGGCGGGACACUACACCUCAGCCAUGCUCUGGGUGGCCUUCCUUUGCUGGUUGCUGGCCAACGUGAUGCUAUGCAUGCCCGUGCUGGUCUAUGGUGGCCACAUGGUGCUGGCCACAGGCGUCUUCCAGCUGUUGGGACUGCUCUUCUUCUCCAUGGCCACGUCACUCACAUCACCCUGUGCCCUGCGCCUGGGUACUGCUACGCUGCACACUCACCAUGGGCCUGCCUUCUGGCUCACACUGACCACAGGACUGCUUUGUAUGCUACUCGGCCUGGCCAUGGCAGUGGCCCACAAGGUGCAGCCCCAGAGGCUGAAGGCUUUCUUCAACCAGAAUACAGGCGAGGAUCCUGCGCUGGAGUGGAAUCCUGAGGAAGGGGGACUCCUGAGCCCACGAUACCGGUCCACAGCUGAGAGUCCUGAGCCCCAGGACAUUCCUCUGUCAGAAGCUUACUCGGAGGCAUGCUGUAAGGAGGAGCAUCACAGAGAGCCUGACUGUGCCCUAUAAGGUUCUUCUCCCUGGUGGACACCUGGACUUCCAGUCUGGUUGCAGAUAUCAUUGGAGCCCCAUCAACCUACCAGAACUGACUGCAGGAUGGGUUAUAUCCGAUCUGUCCCCAGCCCCAAUCUGUAGGUGGAGUCAGAAAAAGAGCCUCUUCCUACUGGUGUAAAAACAAAAACAAACAAAAAGCCCUAAUAUGCUAAACAGACAUUGGGGCUGCCUAUAAAUCCUGUCUCCAUG